CAACAUCUUCUUUCUCUUUCUCCACGUUCUUUAAUCAAGCCACACGGCGUUUUCACCCCAUCCACUCUUUGGCCGUGUCCAUCUAAUAAUACAACCUGCCCACCAUGUCUUCAGCCAUCACCACCACUCUCCCCCUUCUCUACGAGGGACCCUUCGUCGCCGAGGUCAUCGGUGCUGAAGCCACGGCAACCACUUACGUUCUCAACUGUGACGAAAAGAUUAUUGAAGAUGGCGAGUGUGGUACCUUCAACAACACUGUCGCCGUGGGCCCUUGGGGCAGCAAGACUCUUCCGGCUGGUGCCGCUUCUACUGGUUACCUUGACUACUACCUCACCAUGCCGGACCCAUAUGAGCCCUUUGAGUUUUCCAUUCACUGCAAGAUGAGCCGGACUAUCGCUCAAGAGUGCACUACCACCAACCUUGGUGGCAACGAUGAUGGAACCCCCACUGCGACCUUCUCUGAUCUAGACAAGAGUGCAAGCGACUUCGCCAUGUUGUCCUACGCUACCGUCACCAUCACUGCUGGUCAGGAAUUCCUUGCUGCUACGCACUCCGCAGCCACCACCGGCGACGACGCCUCCAACACCGCCAAGUCUGCUUCCGACGCAACCAGUGCCAAGGAGUCCGGCGCUGAGGCCACUGGUACCGAGACCCAGGGCACGCCCACCCCUGAGGCGACCUCCGGUGCCUCUUUGAACAUUGUUCGUGGUUUUGCCGCCAUGGCUGUGGCUGGACUUGCGACUCUCCUUGUCUCUUCGUAAGAGCAGGCAUUAGUUGUCACAACUCACAAGCAACCAAAC